AUGACUGGACGCGACACUGGAUCGUCACCUUCCUGCGCCGGCUGUCCCGACGCCGUUCACCAGGCUGGUUGUAUUUUUACGGAUAACCAAUUCUUAGCCUUGGCUAUUCGCUCUCCUCUGAAUGACUUUUCGGAGUUUGGAUUAGUUAUUUCUGAUUGUAAGGAUGCUAUGCGGUCUCAUGUGAGUGUUUUGAGCACUAGAGUCCAUUGUGAAGCUGGAGGUGAAAAAACUGAGGAAGAAAUCAAUAUGAAGUUGAAGCUUUUCAACAAGCCAGCAGUCAAGACCAUUAAGAGUGAAGAUGGAGAUAUCAUUGAUUGUGUUGAUAUAUAUAAGCAGCCUGCUUUUGAUCAUCCUGCAUUAAAAAAUCAUACCCUUCAGAUGAGACCCAGUUCUGAUGUUCUUACAGAAACUUCAACAACUGCAAAAAAUAAAACUUAUGAAGUAGUACAGGCGUUUCAAACUUGGCAAAAAAGUGGAACUUGUCCAAAUGGAACAAUUCCCAUCCGCAGAAUUCAUAGGGAAGAUUUACUGAGAGCUGCUUCUCUUGAUCAGUUUGGAAGAAAGUAUCCUAAUUCAAGAAAUCAAACAGCCACCCAAGAUCCCAAUGCUCACUUAGGCAAGAAAGCAGUCUCAGUUGUUUCUCUGCCGAAUCGUUCUUCUGCCGUCCUUUUCGCUUAUGCAUACAAUUUUAUUGGGGCCAGUGGAGAUAUCAAUGUUUGGAACCCACAUGUACAAGCUCAGGGAGAAUACACUACUGCUCAGAUCUGGGCCAAGGCUGGCCCUGGAGACACUUUUGAAAGCGUAGAAGCAGGAUGGGUGGUACACCCAGCAUUAUUUGGUGAUACGAGGACCCGACUUUUCGCAUACUGGACUGUUGAUGGUUAUAGAAACACAGGUUGCUUUGAUCUCACCUGCACUGGUUUCGUGCAAACGAGCUCGGAGAUAGCUCUUGGUUUAGCCAUUGAACCCAUCUCUUCAUUUCAGUACCAGACUGUCAUCAAUGUUUACAUGUUCUUGGAUGUAACGACAGGCAGCUGGUGGCUGCAUGUAAACAAUAAACCAGUAGGAUACUGGCCUGGAAAGCUGUUUUCAUUCCUGACCUACAGUGCCAUAGCAGUUGAAUGGGGAGGUGACGUUUACAGUCAAAAUGUGAGGAAAACUCCACACACGAUGACAGCCAUGGGAAGUGGAUAUGCUGCAGAGGAAUUAUUUGGGUUGGCUUGUUUCAUUAACAAUGUUCGGAUUGUGGAUUUUUCAAAGUCUCCUAAGUACCCAAAUCCUGUAAAUGUGUUCGCUGAUGAGUAUAGAUGCUACUCUGCCAUUAAUUACAUAGAAGGAAAUGGAGUUGAACCUGUGUUUUUCUUUGGAGGUCCUGGUCAAACCUAUACUUGUCCAUGA